GUUAAACGUUUUUAGUGGAACCGUUUAUUACAAAAAAAAUCUCAUAAUUACUGCAUCCCUGGUGCACAGCUGUCAUCAUCUCCGCCCUUGUAAAAAAACAACACCUAAAAGACGUGCUCGAGCGUUAUUAGAAGAUGGCCUUCAACUUUACCGCCUUCACGUAUAUAGUGGCCCUUAUUGGGGACGCAUUUUUAAUAUUUUUCGCCAUAUUCCAUGUCAUUGCGUUUGACGAGCUAAAAACUGAUUAUAAAAACCCAAUUGAUCAGUGCAAUAGCCUCAAUCCGCUGGUUUUACCGGAGUACUUGCUGCACAUCUUUCUAAAUUUGCUAUUCUUGUUCUGUGGCGAGUGGUUUUCUUUAUGUAUCAACAUACCUCUCAUAGCCUAUCAUAUUUGGCGCUACAAAAACCGCCCUGUGAUGUCAGGACCCGGACUUUAUGAUCCCACUACGGUCCUUAAAACGGAUACCCUGUCGAGGAACAUGCGCGAGGGUUGGAUCAAGCUAGCCGUCUACUUGAUCAGCUUCUUCUACUACAUAUACGGCAUGGUUUAUUCGCUCAUCUCGACAUAGAGGCAUUAUGGCAGCUGCCUGGGGAUCUCAUUGUUGGCGCCAGCGCAUCCGCAUUGUGUAUUAGUUGUCAUAACUCGGAAAGAGACUCCGUUUUUGGGAGAGAUUUUCCCAUCAAACCGCGAACAAUACUUCACUUGUAUAUUCUAGUGUAAAUCCAUUAAGACAUUUUGCAGCUUUGUUUUUUUAUAAUUUGUAAUCUAUUGUCUCCAGUAAGAGAUUGUAACGUAUUUUUAUUAUGAUUUUGCAUUUCGCAUAUUUGGUGUAGUUGGAUUUUAAGCAUUGAAUAAAAGUCAAAUCAAAUUUA